AUGACUGUGUCUUGUUAUUUAAUUACUGGUGAUCGAUGGGAACAUCUUAUAUGUAAUUAUUUACCAAAAUUGAAGACCUUCAAAUUGAGAAUGUCCGAUGAUCUUCCUGUCAAUGAUAAUAUUGAAGAACGAGCUGAUGAAUUAAUCAAUUCAUUUCGAAGUUCAUUUUGGAUUAAAGAACGUCGUUGGUUUGUUCGUUGUUAUACACUUCAUAAAAAACUUCAUCUAGAAACAUUAUCGAAACAAUUUUUUUACAUGGAAGAUAGUUUUCCACAUAUAUGGAGAUCAACUGAUCCAAAUGAUGAUCAUAAAAUAUUCUAUAAUAAAUAUCAAUAUCAAUUACAACGAUUACUUAAUCAAGCAUCGGAUCUUGAAUUUUUAUCUAUUGAUCAAGACGGAGCAUCAUUAUCAUUUGGUAAAUUUAUGAAUAAAUCUAUUGAUGAACUUGAUUUUCGAUGUUUAAAUGAAGUAUUUAAUGAAGAAGAAUGUAUAAAUUUGUGUCAAUCAUCAUUAGGUAUUCCAUGUAAAAUCCUUACUAUUUCAGUAACAACACGUCAUUCUAUUCUUGUUCUUAUUCAAAAUAUGACCAAUCUUCAAGCAUUACAUAUUCAAUAUAAUGAAUAUACAUCAAAUUCAAAUUCAAAUGAAAUUAUUCAAUGGUUAAAAACUCAAUUAGCAUCAACAUCUUACAUUAGUCAAGAUCGGAAAUUAAAUAAUUAUUUACAUAUAUGGAUUUAA